AUUCAGUCCAUUCCACCUCCACUUAUUCUCUCCUGGUGGCCGCGGCUUCCUCCCCCGGCUUCGAUCUCCUUCGUGCCCGGCGGCCAGUCGGGCGGUCGUCCGAAUCCUUCCUACUCGCGCGAGCUAGCUCGAUGGCCAUGGCGAACCCCAUGAACAAGGGCCGGUCCCUGCCCAAGUUCGGCGAGUGGGACGUGAAGAACCCGGCGACGGCCGACGGCUUCACCGUCAUAUUCCAGAAAGCGCGCGACGACAAGAAGACGACCGCCGGCCCCGGGAAGUCGGGCGUCCCGCCGGCCUUCAGGAACACCGACGGCGGCUACGGCUCCGUCAAGAGCGGCAACAGCUACAAGUACACCAGGGUGGCCACACCCAAACGGGCCAAGAAGAAGAGCUGGUUCUCCUGCACCAGCUGCCGAUUCUGAUGCCAUAGCUGCUUGCCGCCGUUGGUGGGAGGGAUUCGAUACUUCGCCUCGCCGCGACCAGAAGCGCGCACUCUACGGGAGGCGACGGUGGAACUUUUGGCGAUCGUGGGGUUUUUGUCCCUGCUGGGUCGCCGCAUUUGACGUGCAGAACAUCAUCCAUGAGUGAUGUCUCCGGUUGAUAUGUAUGAAUAAUAAUUUGUAUCGAAUAAAAGGGGGGAGGUGACUAGUGAAGUAAAACGACCCGUGACUUGUAACCCUAUUCUUUUGCAAAUGUUCAUGCUAAUCAUGCCAUAAACACGAACUGUUCGCUGCACGACCACAAUCGCAAGUUCCAUUCAUGUGGCCUGGCAGACAUUUGAUUUCAAAACAAAUAUUAAAAAAAAUCAACAGCUUGACCGGACACAGAGUAAAAGAGCACUUGGAAAAACAAGAACGGUAUUCAUAGUAUUACAUAUUGUGCAUACGAGAAUAAUAAUCUGCUGUCUUAAUUCCAGUCAAAAUUUCAGUACUACUAAUAAUAGCACCACCUAGGGGAAUAAUGAACAAGUACCAGAACCGGAUAUCACCAAUAAUCAGUUAUUUACCGGACACGACACAGUAGAACUCGGCUCCAUGAUUGCAGGAAGAAGAGACGUCUACUUUAUCAACAUGCUGCGUCAUAUGCUGCCAACAGACCGAGUACAGUGACACCAAAACAACAGACCUCCAAAAAAUUCUGAGGUAAGACGAGCUUGAGCAGCUCGACUAGACCCAUGAAGCGACCACUUUUGCAUCUUGGGCGCAAGGCAGGGCCAUCUAAUGCAAAUUGUACAGCAAUCAAUACAU